AAGAGGGAAGUUCAGAAAGAUUUGUACAAUACUGCAGCCUAUGCCGCCAAAACUUUUUAGGUUAAUUUAACUGUCUUCCAUACCAUUAGCCUACAAUUUUCAGAAGGGAUGACAAGAAGUGCAUGUCAGCAGUCGGACUGAACAGGAGAACGACGUCGCGUGCUGUCAAACUGAACGACAGAAAUCUGCAGACUCUGCAUCUGGCGAACAAACACUCUCUUCAGCUGACUGAUUUGAUUUUAAGAUUACAGAUAAUGGCAUCCUUUUCUGAGACAGAAGUGCAGUUUUGGAUGGCCAAAGCAGUGAACUGGUGUGAAACUACUUCCAGGUCAACGCUUCUGGACACAAGCAGACACCUUAUUGGUUUGAGAAGCUUUCUUCAGCAACUUCUGCAAGGUCUUCAACAAAUGAGCUCCACUAGCGAGGCAAUGAGGACGUUUCCCUUUGUGGGCCAGCUCUUGGGAAGACUGUGUUGGAACCCAUGUGUUAUUGCGGAUGAGAGCAGCCAGACGCUCCUGCUGCGCUGUUUGAACUGUCUGUACAGCAUUGAGCCUCUGAAUGCCAUCGAACGGAAAGCCAACAUGUGGAUCAAGAGUUUGUUGUGUCAUCUGAUAUCAGAUGAGGAGGGCAGUGUAGAUCAUGCUACAGUAAAACAUGCCGGAUUAACUCCUCAACAAUACCACUUGGACGCUCUUGAAAAGGUGGUUUCAUUAAUGACACAGGAGGUCAUUAAAGGCUGUGAUGGUUCGCCAAACUCAUCAGCGAGGUGUUCAAACUUGAACAUUCACACCAUGUCAACCGCAUGCGUUCCCCUGGUCACAUGUCAACAUAUGGCACCUGUCAUUGGUGCUCUGUUAAAGCACUCCCUACUGUGUGCAUCUUCCUGUCUGAGCAAAGAGUUCAUUGAAGAAGUCAGUAAGGCCUGGAUUAGCAAAAGACUUGUGAUAGAGGAAGAGGCUGUGGUUGCCCUAUAUUGUCAUAACCCCACCUGUCUUGAGGGGGCAGCAGUGAGCUUACUGGAAUCUGUAUUGUCUGAUCCUAAUAUAGUUACAGAGAGUCUGGACAAGUAUGUCAAUGAGACAUUACUGCCACAAGCAUCGGCCAUUCACUGUCACAUCUUCCUGACCAUCAAUGAGAUUUACAGGAAUGUGCUGUUGGAGAUUGAUGAGAACAUUGCCGUGAGAACCCUCAUACAGGUUUAUACUGACUGCUUCCUUCAGAGACUGAAUGCGCACAAACCACAGGAUCGUCUGCCACUCAGAGCCUUCUUUCCAAAUGUGAUGCCCAGUUUACUCGUCCCUUUAUUGACAGCCCCUUCAGACGUUCCCCGGGCAGCCUGGCUGGAUCAUCUGAACUGGAUAAGAAGAUCUCUUCAGAGUGUGGUGGAGAUCGAAGAGGAGGGAGAUGAUGGGGCAUAUCAGGUUGUGUUUGAGGCCUGGUUCCUGCUGGUGCAAUGUGGUUUCUGGGCAGACGCAGCUGCUGAGCUCCUCGUUCUGACAGAUUCGGAGAACUCCAAACCACUUCUCUGGCUCCUGACAUUUUUACACCACCCCACCAACAGAGGGCACCAAAGGUCUCAGCAAACCGCGGUGGCAGAAGAAGCCUGGGCUCAUAUAAGGAUGCUGUUUCAUGCUCAUCCACCCCUUCCCAGACACCUCAGUGCUGUGAAAGAGCUCCUUUCCUUAAGCAUUUCUAGAAACCUCGUCCUGCAUCUGUUUUUAAACUUUGUCGUCUUUGCCCAUGGACCCGUUAACCUUACCACGGAAAUAAUUGACAAGGUGCUGAUUGACGCUGGUGUGAAGCGGAGGGCACUGUGGAUUCUCUCCUCAAUAGACUGCAGACUAAACAGAACAACUUUGCCAGAGGACAGGGUUCAGUCCAGGCUGAGGACGCUUCAGGAAACCCUCCUCGCACCCUGCACCAAUAUCUUCGCAUAGAAGCUCUCAGUUUCAGGUGCUACUAUUUAUUGAGAGAAGGAUUUCUGGCGUGGCACCGAAAUGCUGAAUGGGACAAAACAGCAUUUUUAAGAGAAGCCCAGCUGCUUUUUUAUUUAAAAGCAGUUGGUGGUCUUUGGUUAAACCCGAGAGGGGCCUACAGACUCGUGUAAGCAAUCCACAAUGAUGUACUGAGCCAAAUAAACGAAACACAUACAUAUAUGUUUAUGUCUAAGUGAUUUGGAGAAAUGUAAAUUGACUCCUGUCAGAUUUGGUCGUAUUUUGUAAGUAGUCUUUGCUCAAUGUCCUCCCACACACAUGUUUGACAGGAGAGCGUGCCUAAGUCCUUCUCACCACAUGAAUGCUCGCAUCUGUGUGUGUACUCCCAAAGUGAUCCUCAUUGAAUAGUUUAGUCUCUGCGUACUGUACUUUCUAGGCUUCAUCAUCAUCAUCAGUAUUGAGUCUCAGUCUCCAUGUCUGUUUUCCUCUGUUAUUUUCCUCUGUCCCACCCUUUCUCAAACAGUUCAUUACUCAAAACUGGGUCAUACUGAAUAUACUGCUGUAAGAUUUAUUCACGUUUUCUUUCAUUUGCAUAAGUGCAGGAAAUUAAAAAGCUGAAUGUCAUUUAAUAGAAGGCUAAGCUGCUUCUGCACCUUAAUCAAAUUAUAAGGACCACAACUAGGCAGAUUGCAUUAUUCUUCUGAUCGAUGAUGAAUAGUUAUUGAACAAACAAAAGAUUUUAUAAAGUAUCACAAGAUGUUUUGUCUUAAAUAUUAGAAAUGUCCAUCUUUGUUUGUUUGCCUAAAAGUGAAGAUAAAGUUACAUGUUUAGAUUGCAAACAUGCGUGAGUAGCGCAUAUUUCCACCCUAAACAUUUUCUUCAUAUCUGAUGAGAAGUCUGGGACUUGAGCGGCGGG